CGAAAUUCCAUGUCUGUGUAUAUUAUUGUUUAUGUAUAUUAUUAUUUAUUUAUUUACUUUAAAGUCCGAGGUCGAACCUUUUGGCUUUUUUCUUAAAUCUCUGAUACUUGCUAUAGACUGUAGUAGUGUUGUGUAGUAAACUAUCAAUUUAUUUAGGUACUCUACAUCUGUAUGUAGAUUAAAUCAUAAAAAUAAUACUGUAGUAAUUACAACUUAAAACUGUUCAGAUCAGUUUACCAAAACAUUUAUAAUAUAUACACGAAAUGAAGUUGUUAUAAGUUUUAAAUGUCUAUGCUUAUAUUAUCUAUAUAUCUAUAGGAUGUAAUUAUUACAAUGACCUAUCUGGUAUUCUCGUAACAAUAUUGUAAUGUUUUCAAACUGUUGAAGUGUGUUAGGUAUUAGGGUAUGAAAACGUUUUAAUUUUCGGAUAAUUUUUAGUAAAGUUUAAGCAAAAGCAAUGAUUUUAGAAGAUAACCAAAAUGUCAUCAAACCAAGGAAUAGUCGAGCAGCUCGGCCUAAAGUUGUUUAUCAAUGGACUGUACAAGAUGUUCAAAAAUGGUUUCGACGUCAUUGCUAUGAUUAUUAUGUUUUAUAUGGAGAAAAGUUCUUGCAGCAUGAAAUAAUUGGACGCGCUUUAAUAAGAAUAAAUGAGAAUCAAUUGUAUCGUAUGGGCAUUAUAAAUCCAGAUCAUAGUCAAGACAUUUGUCGUGAAAUACUUAAACUACGUCUUAAAACUUAUAUUUUAGAGUUUAGAGACCUGGAACGCAACAAUCUUUAUGAUUAAAAUUUCAAAUCUGAACAGUCUUACAUUGAAAGCCCGAGAGUAGUGAUCCGAGGACUAUUUGGUUUAAUUGAACCUAUUUCGGUUUCUACUUUGUAAAAUGAUAUGGGAUGAAAUGUACUGAUGUCAAUAAGAGUACUAUUUUUAUUGAAUACUCGUAUAACACCUGGAGCUUCACAUCCUGCAA